AACGGUAGGCAUUUUUGUGCACUUUUGCACGCCCCUUAUAGUCCUCUUAGGAAUGGGGUAAGGUCAAUGGUAGACAGUUUUUGGUUAAAGCUUUUGGGAGUUUGAGAAGAGACCACAGAGUCAGGUAGUGUAUUCCAAGCAUUAACAACUCUGUUACAAAAGUCAUAUUUUCUGCAAUCAAGAUUGAAGCGGUUAACAUUAAGUUUGAAUCUAUUGUUUGCUCUUGUAUUAUUGCGAUUGAAGCUGAAGUAGUCUUUAACAGGAAGGACAUUGCAAUAGAUGAUUCUGUGUGUUAAACACAGGUCUUGUUGGAGUCGGCGGAGUUCUAAGUUUUCUAAUCCCAGGAUUUCAAGUCUGGAGGUAUAAGGUAUUUUGUUGUUUACAGAGGAGCGGAGAACUCUUCUUGUAAAAUAUUUCUGGACUCGUUCAAUUGUAUUAAUGUCAGAGAUGUGGCAUGGGUUCCAGACAAGUGAGCUGUAUUCAAGAAUAGGUCUAGCAAAUGUUUUAGAAUAGAAUAGAAUAGAAUAGAAUAGAAUAGAAUAGAAUAGAAUAGAAUAGAAUAGAAUAGAAUAGAAUAGGCCAAUGUGAUUGGACACACAAGGAAAUUGUCUUGGUGCAUAUGCUCUCAGUGUACAUAAAAGAAAAGAUACCUUCAAGGUACAACAUUUACAACACAAAUGAUGGUCAAUAUAUCAAUAUAAAUCAUAAGGAUUACCAGCAACAACGUUACAGUCAUACAGUCAUAAGUGGAAAAAGAUUGGUGAUGGAACGAUGAGAAGAUUAAUAGGAGUGCAGAUUUAGUAAAUAAUUUGAGUGUUGAGGGAAUUAUUUGUUUAGCAGAGUGAUGGCCCUCGGGAAAAAACUGUUCUUGCGUCUAGUUGUUCUGGUGUGCAGUGCUCUAUAGCGUCGUUUUGAGGGAAGGAAUUGAAACAGUUUAUGUCCAGGAUAUGAGGGAUCUGUAAAUAUUUUCACGGCCCUCUUUUUGACUCUUACAGUAUACAGGUCCUCAAUAGAAGGCAGAUUGGUAGCAAUUAUUUUUUCUGCAGUUCUAAUUAUCCUCUGAAGUCUGUGUCUUUCUUGUUGGGUUGCAGAACCGAACCAGACAGUUAUAGAGGUGCAAAUGACAGACUCAAUAAUUCCUCUGUAUGCUCUGGUUAGUAGUGUAGAGUUUUUGGAAAAGAAGCUACGCAAAAUUAGGUUUACAACUUUUAGAGCCUUUUUUGCUAUGUAGUUGCAGUGGGCUUUGGCACUUAGAUCAUUUGAUAUGAAAACUCCGAGGUCUUUAACAGGGUGGGGGUCAUCUGUAAGGUAAUGUCCAUCAAGCUUGUACUUAGUGUUUGGGUUCUUUUUUCCAAUAUGUAAUACUGAGCAUUUACUGGUUGAGAUUUGAAGUUGCCACGUUUUAGACCAUUCAGAUACAAAGUCAAGGUCUUUUUGAAGGGUAGUUGUAUCGUUGGUGGUGUUAAAUAGUUUGACGUCGUCAGAAAAAAAGGAUACAAUCACUAGUAAUAAGGUCACAGAGAUCAUUAAUGUAUAGUAUGACGAGCGUUGGUCCAAGAACGCUGCCUUGGGGAAUGCCAUGCUUUACAGGAACAGGAUUUGAUAGUGCAUUGCCAAUUUUGACCACUUGUCUAUUUGACAGGAAAGCUGUUAUCCAGUUGUGGAGGGGUCCUAAGAUGCCGUAAGAUUUUAAUUUUAGAAGUUCGUCAUGUACAAGAGUCAAAAGCUUUACAGAAGUCAAUGUAGAUCGUAUCUAUUGUUUUGCCCUGAUCAAGGUUUGUAGUCCAUAUUCUUUGCAGUGAAGAAAUUGUAAGUUACAUGAUAAUUUUUUCCUGAAACCAAAUUGUUUAUUAGAGAGUAGGUUGUUUGUUUCUAGGUGGAGGGUAAUGGAUUGGUUGAUGAUAGAUUCCAUUAUUUUGAAGGUGACGCAGCAUAGAGAUAUCGGUCUGUAAUUUUCAACUAGGCUGGGGUCUCCUUUUUUGAAGACAGGGAUGACCGUGGCUAGUGACCAUAGUUUGAGAAGGGAACUGGUUGUGAAAGCUUUAUCAAAGAUUAUGCUUAGGGGUUCUGCUAUAUUAAUAGAACAUUUUUUUAAGACGUAGGCACAUAGUCCAUCAGGUCCAAUAGCUAGGGAUGGUUUUAGUUUGUGUAGAGCUUUUUCAACAUUAUCUUCUGUGAAGUCUAUAUGUGUUAGAUCGUUAUACUCAUAGUUGGUACGAUUGUUGAAUGUCGGGUAUGAGCUAUUACUGUUAACAAAGGCUGAGCCAAAGAAUGUGUUGAAGAGGUUUGCUUUAACUGUUUCAUCAUUAUUUUCUUUGCCGUUAGAUUCUUUUAGCUCACAGGGUUAGAGUCGAGGAGGAGAAUUUUGGAAGAGGACUUGGUAAGCACAAUGUUUUGGAGGUCAGGCAAGUCAUAAAUGAAACAAAAGCAAAAUUUCCCUAACCAAAUGAGACCAGAACAACAGAUCGUGGAGAGAUGGCCAUCUCCUUCACGGGUGGAUCAUUUAACUUUCAAUGAAACAUCCCUUCGUGUUUCUUUUUUUUAAAGCAAGCAGCUUCCUCUCUGGGAACGACCAGCCGAGUGCCUGCACCGACGGGGGGGGGGGAUUUUGAAGCCCUCACAAAUCGUUUUGCUAUGAAAAGAAAGGGCGGCCCACAGCGGACGUGCCUCAGGCAAGCACGCUUUAAAUCGUGCGCUUUUUUCGACGACCAGGCGGAGCCGGCUCGUUACCCCCUGCCGUAGGGUCUGGAGGGACCCGAGCAACACCACGCAGCCAGACCCUCCGGCAGCCAUUUGCUAGGCCUCGGCGCCCUCCCUGUAUCUGCCAGCGAGGGACUCUCCUUUCCAAAAGGUGGCGAAGCGGGAAAGAUGAGUCGCUCCCGCAACCCGCGCCUCGCCUCCUUCCCCUCGACGCCGAGGGAAAAGUGAGCCUCGCGCGCCAUCAGCGGGUCCCACGUCGCCCGGCUUCCCUGGGCUGAGGAGAGGGGCGGGGGGGGGGAAAGAGAGGCGAGGCCGCGCGCCCGCGCGCGCCUGCCGCGCGGCUCUUUGCCUCUCGCGCCCCUUCCCCGCCGGGCCGCCCCUCACGCGCUCCAGCCUAUUGUUCUGCUUGCCGCCGCUUCCUUUCCCCACCCCCCAUCGCUUUCCCCCCCACCCACUCGGAGGUGGGCGGGGUUUUCCCCGGCCUCCGACUGACACUUCGGAGGCGGGCCGGAGCCGGUUGAAAACGGGAGGCUGAAGCCGGCGGGACAGAAUCGGCGGCGCUGUCGCCGUCGUUACUGUAGGAAGCUUCGGGCCUGCUGUGCGGCGCUUCGGCUGCCUCGGCGCGGGCUGGCAAGCCAAUGAGGGCCCGGACUCCGGCCCUCGCUGCCUCAGGAGCUGCCGGGAGCCCCCCGUGCCGACCGCCGGCCCGAAUAAGGGCGGGUCGACUGGCUCUCCAUGCGGCGGCUCCAGGAGAAGUUCAGGAGGUAUGAAAAGGUUGUAAACAAGAAGUUCAUUCAUGCAAGGAACAGUCUGAAUUCCAGCCUGUUACAUAUCAAAGCUGUAAACUGUGCAAAAUUCAUGAAUCAUCCAGCUCCAGCAAACAGUCGUUAUAAACCUACUUGCUAUGAGCAUGCUGCUAACUGUUACACUCAUGCGUUUCUUAUUUUCCCAGCCAUUUUUGGUAGUGCCCUCCUUCAUCGACUUUCUGAGGAUCAGUGGGAAAAGAUAACAGCAUGGAUAUACGGAGUUGGUCUGUGUGCACUUUUCAUCGUUUCAACAGUGUUUCAUAUUAUUUCUUGGAAGAAGAGUCAUCUAAGGACAAUGGAGCACUGUUUUCAUAUGUGUGACCGAAUGAUGAUCUAUAUCUUCAUUGCAGCAUCAUAUGCACCUUGGUUAAAUCUUCGUGAACUUGGGCCUUUGGCAUCUCAUAUGCGUUGGUUUAUCUGGCUAAUGGCUGCUGGAGGAGCUUUUUAUGUAUUUCUCUACCAUGAAAAGUAUAAAAUCGUGGAACUCUUCUUCUAUUUAGCAAUGGGAUUUUCUCCUGCUCUAGUUGUAACUUCCAUGAACAACACGGACGGACUUCAAGAACUUGCCUGGGGAGGUGUAAUUUAUUGUAUGGGAGUGAUCUUCUUCAAGAGCGAUGGAAUAAUUCCAUUUGCCCAUGCCAUCUGGCAUCUAUUUGUUGCCACAGCAGCUGCCGUUCAUUAUUAUGCUAUCUGGAAGUAUCUUUACAGAAGUCCUGCAGAUAUCAUCCUUCAGCUAUGAUAUGAAACACAAAGACAGAGACAUUUGCCACAACAAUAUGCCUUUGACUCAGUAUUACUUGGGGAAAAGAAAUUCUUGGGAAAGGUGGGGAGGGGGAUUGUAGAGGGAAAAAUGCACUGACUUCGACCGUUUUCACCUUUACUGUGAACUUAAGUGACAAGAGUCUUUCGUAGAAUUACAGUUCGCAUAGCAAGUGCUGGAGCACCUCGUUCUCUAAGCACUGUCCUAGGAGAGCCUCAAUUGAAAUAAAUAGGACUUGGGCAAGAACAUGGCACUCCUGUUCAUUUCAGGGCGGCUUGCACAGAAGCCUGUUCUUUUCACGUUGCAUCCACCAUGAAGAUGUGGAAGCUACAUCUAAAUGGUGAACUUAUAGGUGGGGCAUUUAAAUCCAUUUAAACCCAGGUUGGGAUUGUGGGUCAAACCAACAUGCUGCAUUAUGAAAUAUCCAUUCCACAUUAACAAGCUACAACAAUGUGAAAAAAUGGGGGGGGGGUAUGUUUACAAAUUCUUUUUUAAUGUCUGUCCUGAGUUUUAACUUCUGCAUCUUUAAACGAUGUAAACUUAUGAAUUGUAGAAGUUUAUGUGAUAGCAAAACCACAUUUUUAAAAUUGCUUCUAUCACUUUUCACAAAUAAUUUCAUAAAAUAUAAUCAUGGACUGAUAGGGUUUAGCGCUUCCUUCCCAAACCUGAUAACCAAUGUGACUUUUAUAAAAUGUUUUUUUUUAAAUAAAUUAAAGAAAUGGUUUUUUUUUUUUUUUUUUUUUUUUUUUUUUUUUUUUUGCAAAAACCAAAAACAAACCUGGCUACAUUCCAUGUAUUGGUACAUAAUAUCUCUAUCAGGUUUUUCAUUUAAAAGAAAAUCUGAUUGAUAAUAAUUUCUAAAACUGGCUUUGCCAAACUAAAAGCCUGAAAAGCUUCCGCCCUCUGUGGUAAACUGAAUUGCCUGUGUGGAAUGUACAACUAAUGCUACCUAAUACAGUGCCAUUUCUAGAAGAAUUUGUAGGUAUUUGUGUGAAAGCAUUCUGGACAUUUUAGUUAGAAAUUGUGACCAGCGGUUAACAGCUGUAACAUUUGAAUGACUAAAGCAUCAGUAAUUUUGUAGAUUCGUAAGACCUUUGGUGCUCAAGCAGAGGUUCUAGUGCAACUUUUUGCCUAUUUACUCAGAAGUAAAUCUCGUGGUAUUAAUGAGGUUUACUCCCUGGUGAUAUUAGGACUGCGUCCUUACAGUAUUCAAGAUUACUAGUUGAGCCAAUUACUCCCGUUGGGUGUAACCUCACUAGGGUACUUUUGCCAUUUCUGAAAACUAAAGAAUUGCUGAUAAAUUUUUGAAUAUUACUAGUGAGUGGUUCACUAUAACACCCAAAUGGCCUUUAUGGAAGGGAAACUUAAAAGGCUUGUGAUGUCUCUUCCAUCUGGGACUUAAAGUCACAAAACUGCAAGCGUAUGUGGUUCUUACCAUAGUAAUUGGGAUAAUAAUGGUAGCAGUUUGGUUGUCUGAUGUGCUUUUUAAAUGACAAGAUGUUUGAAUCUUCGUUGUGAUGGUCAUUGUCAAGUUACUGUAUACGUCCCACUGUACUAUGAAUGUCUUAUAUUAAGAUUGAAUUUAUGCUUUUUGUAACUUGCUCUUUUUCAUGUAAGUGUUUAAAAAAAAACACUAAAACGAAACGUUGCCUUUUUCAGAUUUUACUCUGGAGAUUUUACCUGUGAAACAUCAGAAUGAAACUAUAAAAAUGUUGGAGAAGGGUUGCCCCCACCAUCCAGGAAUAUGUAAACUUCUUCAACAUUUGCCAGUUGGUUGUAAUGUGGCUUCUAGAGUUUGAUGCCUUCCUUUUAGAUGGAAAGGGUGCUCAGAAAGAAACCUGGUUUAAGUGCAGUAUUAGCUAAUGAAUAUAAAAUUGUAACUUAUCAGACUCUGUUCCAAAGUUGUUCAGAGUGUGAAGGGGUCUGUAAAUUUCUGACUAAGCAGUAGUUGUUUCACUCUUUUUCUUAACAUGUCAACAUUUUAUAGACAGUGUUGCAAAAGAACGGAAGAACCUUACAAGAAAUUUCCACCUAGCUAUUGGAAUCCAAGAGUUGGAGAACUUGUUUAACUUUCUGAGUAGAAUGUCAGAAAAAUAUAUAUAUCAGAGUACAAAACAUUUACUGCGUCCAUUCUGGAAUAUCUGAAUGACACAGCUCUGUUUUUUAUUUUCUUAACUGAUGUAUCUGAUUCUAAAUAUUUUCACUUUACAUGAGUUCUCGUAAUCAAGUGUAGUGCUGUUAAAACCACUAAAAUGUGUUUAAAGCUCUGUUUUUGUCAAAACUAGUUCUAAAUAAUACUGCUACCUUUAUGGUAACUUCUUGUGGUCUUUAUAAUGUUGCAUAUUUUAAGGAUGAAAAGUGUUAAGGUUGAAAACAACUGAACAUGUCCUACCCCUAAUUUAAUCUAGUUCCUGAAGGUUAAAUGUGCUGGAUUAAUGCAAAUAAACAUUUUGUGCAAU